AUGGAGCCCAUCAUUAUGGACGGAGAUAUGGACAAUAUCAUGGACGACAGAGACACUCUAUGCUUCGACCCUUCAGUUCUCAAUGCCUCGACUCCCAGCCUGGGACGGGACUUUGAAGACAUGUUCUUCCGGCCGUCCAGUGCUCCCCAGCUUUCCGAUGCUAUGUCGUGCUUAUCCCCUUCCGAAAUGCCAAACAAAUCCCAGAAUGACGUUCCACCAGCGGGCUCAACCCCGUCAGACACUCGAUCAGACUCUCCAGAAGAUUCCAGUCAUAGCUCCUCGAUGGAUUCGCCUACAGGCCAUCUCCGGAAUGCCUCUCUGGCUUCAAAUCACUCUGGACUCUUCAGUCCCGACAGCACCACAACCGAACGAUAUAUUCCUGGCUGGCCGAACGCCGACCAGCUCUCUCUAGGCGACGAAGCGUCCUUUCUUGGACAGGACGGCGGAAGCCUCUUGACACGGGUUGACUCCAUCGAGCAUGAUGUAGAGUCAAGCAACAAGGCGAUGGCCUCUGCCUUUGAUUUUGAUAGUGCUGCGAGCAGUCCUAGCCCACUCAAGAUGGAGCUCAACACCGAAAAGAGUAAACCAACCAUGUUCAAACAAUCAUUCCGCACACCUUCUUCCACAACCUUUACCGGACCAUCCAGUGAUGCAGGCUCAUCGCAACAACAGCCGACUGUCGUAAACCCAUUUGUGUUCCAAAGUCCUGGUGACUCUACAUCACUCUACACCGGACAAGGACUCUGGGAUGGCCGAAGCUCACAAUCCGCUCUAGAAGAUGCUUUCGGGGGGAUCGGUAUGAACAGUGGCUCGCCUCUUUCGACGACAUUAUCUCCCACUUCUACGUUUAGGUCACCGCGCCAGACCUUCGAAACUCUGAAAUGUCCCUCCGGAGUGGUUUUCCCUUUGAACGACCGCAACUCUGCCGUUUUCCACCCCAAUAUCAGCAUGGAGAAUUAUAUUCGUCCCCGCCUCAUUGUUCAUCCCACUUCCCUGAAGUCUCGCGUCGAAACGCAAAUCCCGAUUAAGUUAACCCUCUACCCGAUGCCACCUGGGGUUAAGAAACUACGCCUCCCAAGCCACGCCAUCUCGAAACCAAAGUUCCUCGCCAAGCCUGAUAUCAAAUGUUCUCCGGAUAUCCUGGAACUCAGAGCUAGCGUACUGUGCACAAGUGCCAUUCAGGACAAGAAGAAGCGGGAGAGGGCCUUUGCUAGAGCCCGGGGCGAAGAUGUCAGUGCAAAGUCUCCAAAGGACUCCGAAGAAAGCCAGGGAGACGAAGACCUUCCACUAGGAGGAGGUGAAGUCAAAAUAUGCGCUGGCUGCAUCCAGCGAGAACGAAAACGUGCCUCUCGGAAGAAACAGCGGAAACCAGAAGAAGAUGAACUGUUCCAGAGAGACGAGGAUAAACGGGUUAUUGUGUUCAACACCACAGAGAUCAAGGACUGGACCGACCCUCCCAGAACCCCUAACUCAACGAAUUGUGACCCUUCUCUGCCCAUUGCGCCCCUUGGUGCAAUGCAAGUAGAGUUGCCAAUGCGAAUUGCAUGCUACUGCAGACAUCAGAAUGAGAAAGUGGGCUUCCAGGUUCUUUUUACUGUAUUUGACUACUUGGAUAACCCAAUAGCUCAAGCAAUCACCAAUUCCAUUAUGAUCACCGAUGACCAUAAGACACAUGCGCCCGCAAAUUAUGCUGCAGCUUCCAAUUCUGCAGUGACAGAUCCGCAGUUUCCUCCUGCAGCAAUGUUUCCUGGGAACCCGGCAAUUGAUCUGUCAAAGCCUUUCGUGCAUUCAGUGCCUUAUAAAAUGUCUCCUACCGCUAACGACCUGCAAGCACUCCGAAAUCGGCAAUACCCAUUAACUCCCGUUUCAUCGAAUCAGUCGCAGAAUAGUACAACUGCAACAGUUCCUAUCACUACCCCCCGGAACCUCUCUCGUCAAGCGUCUCCUUCGGACGGCACCGGCCCUCUUGCUAAGCGACGGAAGCAGAGCGGAUCUGGGAAAGUUCCUGCAGGACUAACGAUGUCGCGAAUCGAGACUCAGCGGUCGUCACCAAUCGCCAGCAACUCCCCCUUGCCCUCAAACUUCCCGACUGCCAAUGGAAGCACAGAUAAGGCUUAUGUCACACCUGCGAUGCUCAACCCGCAAUUUAUCAAUGGGCCGCCCACGCCAAACAAUAAUGAUGGAAUGUUCUUUAGCCCACUUGAGGCCGCUAACCCAAUGGACAGCCUGGGACAAGCGUCGCUGGUUUCCGCACCCAAUUCGACCCACCCAAGCCGUCCUGGUUCCCCUCGCACUCGGUCCCAGGAUCAAGUUCCCGCGCUCCCUGAUAUGGGAAUCCAAAAUCACUCCUGGAGUGUGCCAACGGGACUUCCUCCACCACAAGUACCCUCAAUGAUCCAUAAACUUGUCCCAGCUGAGGGCUCAACCACUGGCGGAAGUGAGGUGACUCUUUUAGGUAGUGGCUUCUACCCGGGCAUGGAAGUCGUCUUCGGUGAUACCUUAGCCACUACCACCACUUUCUGGGGUGAAAAAUGCUUGAACUGUCUUACUCCACCUUCAGUGAAGCCGGGAACAGUACCAGUUGUUUUCAAGCAUGAGCAUCCUCGAUUGGGUCAACAGCAGCCUGGACAGCCCAUAAUCCCGAAACCACAAAUCUUCUUCCGUUAUGUAGAUGAUCGUGAGCUGCAAAUGUAUAGGAUCGCGCUCGGAAUAUUAGGCCAGAAACUUAAUAACCCUGCUGAUGCCUAUCAAACUGCACAACAAAUUAUGGGCGGUAACGGGAAUAGUUUGUGGAGUCUUCAAAAUAAUUUCCAGGGUGAUGGCGGUUCUGGAGGCCAGCAGCGACAAGCACCAGGCAACAACCAGAGCGCGAACAUCACUGACACUGAUGCGAAAAUGCUCGUAUAUCUUGAGUUUAUGGACUUGGAUGCCAAUCCUGGCUCUACAAAAUAUAACACCCGCUCACCAUCUGGGCAGACUCUCCUCCACCUGGCUGCUUCACUAGGAUUGACUAGAUUCGUGGCAGGUUUGCUUGCUCGAGGGGCUAACCCUGAUGUUCAGGAUAAAAACCAUAACACUCCCUUGCAUUUGGCUGCUCUCAGUGGACAUACACAUAUUGUCCACCGUCUUCGACUUGCCGGUGCCAACGUUGCGGCACCUAACCUACGCGGCUUCACUCCUGCCGAUCUUGCGACCACUCUGGAAACACACCGUGCUGUGGUUGCCUCUACAAAUCACUACCGCUCAAGAAGCGUGGGAUCAACUUCUCCCUUGCGCCGCCGACCCAGCUCUGGUUCUCUCGAUGGAUUCUGGGAGCCAACAUCCUCCAGCGAUGCAGCUGACACUGAAGAAGAUUCCACGGAGGAUUCUGAUGGCGGACGUACGCCGGAUGUGCCAGAGUUACUAUAUGGUCAACUAAAACGCACUAAAUCAGAAUCCCGCAAGGAGAAGAAGCAGUAUUUCUCGCUUCCACGGAAAUCUAGCAUUUCUCGGGCGCCUACGCUCGCUUCUCCUGAGUCUGAUGUUGUUGCUGGCAGCCCGUCACCUCCUGUGGCGCUAGUUGCAUGGCGAGACCAACUGGCAGCUCAGAUUAACCAGUUCCAGCAGAACGUUAACCGAGCAUUCCCCAACCUUCCCAACUUACCAAAUCUACCAAACCUCCCAGCGUUACCUGCACUGCCUCAAAUGCCUACGCUGCCUCAGAUACCAACUCUUCCCCAGAUUCCGAAUCUUCCUGACUACCAAACUCACCCGAUGAUCCAACGUAUCAGCUCCCUUGUUCCACACAGGCCGACAACCGCCUGGUCUACCAAUAUCAUGAAGGAUGGCUGGGGUAGAUUGACUGGCAAUUCAUCUCCGCCAGCAUACGAGGAGCUAUAUCCCCAUGAAACCGACUCUGGCUACGCCGAGAAGAAAUCAUCAAUGGUCGAAGCUGCGCUGGAUGCUGCGGCAGACCAACACUUUGCGGAGACGGAAGUCUCGUCACAUGCUCAUGCUUCUUCCUCUAAGGAGGAGUUUGGUGAUGUGACCAUAGGCAGCAGGAAUAUCUCGAAGGUUCACCAGGAUCAGCUCAGAAAAGCACACGCACAGAAGAUGAAGAAAUUCCGCAGUGAUCGUAAUCUCUUCAUUAUCUGGAUUCCUCUCCUGAUAAUAAUUGUUGCGGCGAUGCUGAAAAACCUCAUUCCUGAUAUCUGGCAAGCCGUCUCAUACGGAUAUGAUCUUGUAAUGUCUCAUGUCAAUCCCCCGGUCUCUAACCGGAACAUUAUCGCUACUUAG